GCUGAGUACCACAAACCACAACAAACUCCCGGCGAUUUCACAAAAGAAAAGCGAUUUUACAUCAGUGAGCUCAGUUUUGCUGCAAUAUCUACUGAUUGGUGUUAAUUUACGAUCGUCGGAUACGAACAGUGCCAAGAUGUGGCCCUUGAUUAUGCAAUUCCUUCGUGCAAACGCCGCGUACAUCACGCUCCCCGUAGCGGCGGUGGUCGGCGUAAUCGGAUACAACCUCGAGAGCCUACUAUCGGAUAAAUACACUCCGUACAGUGCUUCCAUUCAGGAGAAACGAGCGGAACGUAUCACGCAGGAGGAGCGGUUGAAGGAUGCAACGCACGUAGAGAAACUCGUCUACAAAGAGAACGUUCUAGGCCGGAAUCUUUCGCCUUCGUUGCAGAAAGAGAAAUGAGAAGCUGCGCAAGAGUAGUCGUGUUCUUUAAUAAACGUUUUGUUACUUA